CUCCCUACUCUCUCUCUCUGUUCUCUCUGCAAAUCUUCCAAAACCGAGAUAAAGCGCGCAAGAGAAACCGAUCGCGAGAUCUCGGCAUCCGAUAUCUACUCCACACAGAUCGAGAUCGCUCAGCUCGCGAGAAACUCCAACCUCUCGCGAGAAGGACGCUGCUGAUGGUGGCGGAAAACCCAAAGAGCUCGGAAACCCAGGCCCAGAUCUUCCACCGUCAAAUGUUGCAGGCCUACUAGCAAAACAAAAGCCAAAAAACAAAAAACCGCUUACCGCUUUUCCAACAAAACCGCCUUCUGCUGACUGCUUGAGCGGUUUUGAGGUGGUCAGGCGGUUUUCUUGCUCCCCUGGCGGAAUUAAAAGCGACAGGACGGCGCUCUCGGCAUUGGAUAGCGAGUAGGAGAGAAAUCAUACAGAGAGAGAAAGAGAGAAGGCGGUUUUUCGUAAGAACCGGGUUUUCGAGUAGGUGUUUUGUAAUUUUGUUCUAAAUCUUUGAGUUGGAGAGAUGAAGUUUAUGAAGCUGGGAUCGAAGCCGGAUGCAUUUCAGACGGAUGGGAAUUGCAUAAGGUAUGUGGCAUCUGAGUUGGCAACUGAUAUUGUUGUAAAUGUGGGAGAAGUGAAAUUUUAUAUGCACAAGUUUCCUCUUCUCUCCAAGAGUAACCGUUUGCAAAAGUUGGUAUCGAAAGCCAAUGAGGAAAACAAUGAUGAAGUUCAAAUGCUUGAUUUUCCGGGUGGACCAAAAGCCUUUGAGAUUUGUGCCAAAUUCUGCUAUGGAAUGACAGUCACCCUUAAUGCCUACAAUGUUGUUGCGGCUCGAUGUGCGGCAGAGCACCUUGAGAUGACUGAGGAUGUUGACAGAGGAAAUCUAAUUUUCAAGAUCGAGGUUUUUCUAAACUCGAGUGUCUUCCGCAGCUGGAAAGAUUCCAUCAUCGUUCUUCAGACCACCAAGUCUUUGUUACCCUGGUCCGAGGAUCUGAAAGUGGUUGGGAGGUGCAUCGAUUCCAUCGCUACUAAAACGUCUGUUGACCCUUCAAACAUCAAUUGGUCGUACACCUAUAACAGGAAAUUAGCAGCUGCAGACCAGACAGUUGAGAAUGGAAUGCGAUUCCAACCAAAACUGCAGUCUGUUGUGCCCAAGGACUGGUGGGUUGAGGAUAUAUGUGAGCUGGAAAUUGAUCUCUACAAGCGGGUGAUUGUUGCUGUGAAAUCCAAGGGUAGAAUGUCCGGGGAUGUGAUUGGAGAGGCCCUCAAUGCUUAUGCUGUUAGAUGGUUGCCAGAUUCGAUGGAUGCCCUUGCCUCUGAUGAUUGUGCCAGGAGGAACAGAUCUUUGUUGGAAACGAUUGUCUGGCUUUUGCCAUCAGAUAGGUGUUCUGGUUGCUCAUGUAGUUUUCUUCUCAAACUCUUGAAAUUCGCAAUCCUAGUGGGAGCCAGUGAAACAUCGAGGGAAGAGUUGGUGAAGAGGGUCAGCUUGCAGUUGGACGAAGCUUCAGUAAAUGAUCUAUUGAUUCCAGCACGAUCUCCAGAUAACACUGUUUACGAUGUGCAUCUGGUGCAAAGCAUUGUUAGUCGUUUUAUGAUGCGAGAACGGGGUCCAAGAAAUUAUGAUUAUGCUGAAAGAAACGAGAAGUGCGAAGAGAAUUUUAUUUUGGGCCGUGGUACAUCUGUAAAUGUGGGCAAACUGAUUGAUGGCUAUCUUGCAGAAAUUUCACGUGAUCCGAAUCUAUCACUGUCCAGCUUUUUCAGCCUUGCUGAGUUGAUUCCUGAAUCAGCUCGACCAAUUCAUGAUGGGUUAUACAGAGCCAUUGAUAUCUACCUCAAGGAGCACCCAUGUUUGACAAAAGCUGAAAGAAAGAAGAUAUGUGGUCUGAUGGAUGUUAAGAAGCUAUCGAUGGAUGCAUGCAUGCACGCGGCCCAGAACGAGCGCCUGCCACUCCGCGUGGUGGUCCAGGUCCUCUUCUUUGAGCAAGUGCGGGCAGCUGCAGGCGGCCUAACUGCUCCACAGAAUGUCUCGCGUGAGAGCUCACGGUCAGCGAUGAACACAGAUGAAGAUUGGGUUAGAGCAAUGCCGGAGGAAUAUAAAGCACUGAAGAAACAGAUGAGGAAUUUGAAAAUCAGCGACGAGGAUCGCAGGAAAAAUGGGGAGACGAGGAAGAAGAUGAAUAAAAGCAGAGGCGGGUUUUUGCUGCCGUCUAGAUCAAGGCGGAUCUUCGACAAGCUGUGGGCCAGCAAAGGGCAGGGAGAGAACAGGAGCACUGAAACAUCUGGGAGUUCUCAGAGUCCUACUACAACUGUGAAUCCUGGGGAAGCCAAGUCAUCUGGGUCUUCUUCAAGGCAUAGGAGGCAUUCCAUUUCUUAGAAAGGGAGUUUGGGGUGCUUGAAAUGUAAAGAGAAGGGGCUAUCUUGUUUUAGAUGAUGGGUGGUUUGUAUUUGUCUCUGCAAGAAUCCAAAGGUUUUUGUGGAGGUGGGUUGUAAGCGGUAAAGAAGAGGGUGGGCCAUAUCUGUUGUCGAGAUGUAAUUUUGUCCGUUCCUUUGGUGGGCCUUCCAGUGAUAUGCUGCUCAUGUACCAUUAUCUCUUUA